GCUGGCAAUUCUGGUGACGUAGCUUUCAUGCCUUGCAGCUGAGAAGCAGAGAAGAGAUCGUCGCAGUGAUUAUGGCGAGAGGGAGCCGGGGACUGAGGAAAGCGGUAGAAUGUAUAAAACAAUUGCCGGUUGCAGCCAGCCGAGAAACACCUACAAGGAAUGGAUUGAGAUAUCUCUCCUCAUGUAGGAUCCUAAUGACGAGGAUGCCUCCCCUUCUGGGGACCAGGCCCAGAGUCAUCGUGGCCCCCACCCGCUCCUUCUUCAACCUGGCUGACGCCUUCAACAAGAGGAAGGAGUACUCUGAGAGACGCAUCAUGGGGUACUCUAUGUUGGAGAUGUAUGAAGUGGUAGCUGGGGUGGAGAACUACCUUCACUUCGUUCCCUGGUGUAAGAAGUCUGACGUGGUGUUCCGGCGCUCGGGGUUCUGCAAGGCCAAACUGACCGUUGGCUUCCCCCCCGUAGUGGAGAAAUACACCUCGCUGGUCACCACAGUGCGCCCCCACCUGGUCAAGGCUGCCUGUUCAGACGGUAAGCUCUUCAACCACCUGGAGACUGUGUGGCGCUUCAGCCCUGGCCUCCCUGGCUAUCCUCGCACCUGCACCGUUGACUUCUCUAUCUCCUUUGAGUUCCGCUCUCUUCUGCACUCCCAGCUGGCCACGGUGUUCUUUGACGAGGUGGUAAAGCAGAACGUGUCUGCGUUUGAGAGGCGGGCCGGGAAACUGUAUGGAGCGCAGACCAUGAUCCCCCAAGAGCUCAUGUUUCACGAGGUCCACCACACGUAGCGCGCCCAGAUAGGGCUUCUCUUUACACACAUACACACGCGCACAGCCAUGGCAUGAAGAGGGAGGGGGAUGAGAGAAGUUAUGUGCCUGAAUACUGCAGUGCCUUAUCAUAACAUAACCAAUGAUUUUAUUCCCAACGGCCUGCAGCUGGAUUCUGUCUUUAACAUUAUCCCCUCCCUAUCCCAAAUAUUCCCCCUCUGUCCCCUACCCCCCCUCUCAAACAUACAUCACUCCUCCUCCUAUGCCACCAUUGUCCCCUCCUGGCGCCCCUUCUACCCAAAGAAACCAUCAGCACCUCUGGCCAAGAGUAGGCACACCCCAGAGCUUUGUGCUAUCUCCAUGGGGUGGGCCUAGGUCAGGACAGGGCUCAUAAUGCCCCUUUUACGAUAACACGCUAAGGCUCAAAUAAAAAAUAAGUUGAUAGUACCUUACACACAGCCUUUUACUAUGGUAGGGAGCUCAUGGGAAAGGGUGUGGGGGUUCUCAUGUCCUGAUCAGUCCAAGAGGUUGUGAAGGCCCAUCCAAGCGAUCUGGAUUAGGUUUGUUACAAUAACACAACAUACAGUAACCUAAUGCUAGGUUGUCAUGUGGAUAAGAUGGUGUAUCAAAGGAUCAGGGUGUACGUUUAGAAUUUUUGAAAAUGGAAAAGCUGGUUUGUCACUGUCCUUGUGAAUGAAGUGUGGGGACAGUGAGCACUUGAAGAUGUUUCCUAAAAGAAUGUAACACUGCAGAGCAGGGGUGUGUUCAUUAUGCUGAUUCUGUUGCAAAAUGUUUUGGAACAAGUGUAUGUAGGUAGGCAUGGCAGUGUGUAGACAUCUGGGGUGUAAUCAUUAGCCCAAACAGUUGCAAAAAAAGAACGGUUUUGAAGCGGUUGAACAGAUUCAGGUUGGUCCCUCCCAGUUUUGUUCAGAGGUGCUGUGUUACAAUAAUAUCGCUGGGGGCAUUUCUGUGCCCCCCCCCAUAUUGCACCUUGCUCUCUAACCCCCAUGGGAGCAAUGUUUUAUAGCAGAGUUUAGUUUUUAGAGUCUGCAAUAUCGUAAUGCAUUUGAUUUUAAAUGCAGCAAUAUUUAAAAAUGGGACCAGACGGGUUGGGCUGGGGACGGGGUCAUCCCCUGUGUCCUAGUUGGCACCCUAUUCCCUAUGUUGUGCACUACUUUUGAACAGAACCCUGUGGGGCCUGGUCAAAAAUAGUGCUCUAUAUAAUGGGGAAUAGGGUGCAGUUUCUGAUGCAUGCUAUCACAGUGAGGCAUCUUACCACCCUAGAACUUUUUCACCCAGUGUCCUUUUGGCCUGGUCCUAUUGGCAUCUUUUAUUGUAUAUCAUUAUGCAUUGUACUCGUAUAAAGAUAUUUAUUAAGAUUCAUGUGAGAACACAUGUACAUAUUGUUUUAAGACCACAGAUGAGAAGAGUGCACAUUGAACUUGCUGGCAUAACAGAACUGAUUUGUUUUGGGGAUUGGAUUUUAUAGUGCAAAUGGAGGUGUUUCAAUGUGUCAAAUGGGUGAAGAUGUAUCGACUGCAUGGUUUAUUAACUAUUUUUAUAUUAAAAAAAAAAACUCUA